CAUUCUUCGUCAGCCGAAUCACGGGGAGCGUCGAGACAUUUCGUUCUUAUUCCAAGUGAGAAACACCGAGCGACUUUAAAAGAAAUGAUAGUGGUGAAGAAGUGGCGCACACCACGCAGCACGUGGACCGAGGUGCCGCUCCUGACCGCGGCGGGAGACCAAAGCGGAGUCACGUGACUUCGUUAUAACGGGGCUUGCGUCUGGUAGGCUCGUUCGAGGUUUGUGGAAAUCUGGAACAGAUCAACAGCCGAUAGUUGGAUCGUUUCCAAUCGACUGUUGAUUCCUGAUCCGUUCCAGGUCUCGAUGAAAGUGUGCCAGGCACUACAGAUUUCACACUGUGCUACACACUCAUAUGCCGAACAACUCAAGUAAUCAUCGAGGCCUUUAUUAGCUGAAUCAGUUACCCACAGACUGACUCAGGAAACCCGCGGUCACAUCACGGAGAGCGUCUCGACCGAUUUCGCGUGAGCAGCUCUCUCGGGACGUCCCGCGGGCUCGCGCGGAGGAGGGGCCGCGGAGAGGGUGACGUUGUCCUUGGAGGCAAACUAGAACUCUGCACAUCUAUAUAUGAGAGAGAGAAUCUCAGGGACAAAACGUGUGUGCUAGCUAGACAGAGUGACUGUGUGUGUGUGUGUGUUUGUGUGUGUGUGUGUGUGAAAGAGAGAGAGAGAGAGAGAGAGAGAGAGAGAGAGAGAGAGAGAGAGAUGUACUUUGAGGUUCUACUUUCCUCAUUUCUUUUCUCCCUCCCCGCAAGCUGCACUCCUCAGUUCUACAGUCACCACGGGAGAAGAGUGUGUACUGGGAGCACUGGAAGCAGCAGGGUCAUCUCUACUACAGAGUCCUUCAUUCAGCCUGUACACAAGCCGUAUAUCACCAUGUGCCUUGACCAGCGCCUCUGCAGCACGUACAAGACAGUGUAUAAGGUGUCUUACCGACAGGUGAGCAGGCCAAGCUCACACUUUUACCCAGAAUGCUGUCCGGGAUGGCAACGGCUACACUCCCAUCACUGUAACCGUGCCAUCUGUUCACAGGAGUGUGUGAACGAAGGAUCCUGUGUGAGACCAAACACCUGCGCCUGCACUAUAGGCUGGACAGGACGCUACUGCCAGAUAGAUGUGGAUGAGUGUAAGGGGUCUCACAGCUGUGCUCAGAGGUGUGUGAACUCCGCAGGAAGUUACCGGUGUGAGUGCGCAGACGGCUUCCGCUUGGCUGAAGAUGGACGCUCGUGUCUGAGUCUCCUCCCCCUACCGCCCCUGUCUCCUACGGCAACAAGCCAGCCCCAAGCAAAUAAUCGCCCGUCCAACAGCAGCGAUGCAGGUGGAGCUGCAGGUCUUGUGGAGAAUGUUACAGAAGAAGUGCAGUUCCUCAAGAACAGAGUAGAGCUACUGGAGCAGAAACUGGAGAUGGUUCUCGCACCCUUCUCCACUCGCUUCCCUCUAGAGGAAGGCAUGGCCAACAGGAACGGCUUCCUGUUUGACAGGACCAACUUCCUCUCCGAUCAGACCAACUUCCUGUCGCACUCGUUGCGUCAGCUGGAUCGAAUCGACUCGCUCAGCGAGCAGGUUGGCUUCCUGGAGGAACGCCUCGGAACAUGUUCCUGUCAGGAAAACUAGACCACCGCCUAACCAGCAGGCUGGAUCCCCACAGAGUAGAGUAAUCGCGCACCUGAACCAGCCCCUCAUUGCAGCAAUGCCCUUCUCCUUCACCCUGAUCAGUCCUAGCGGCCGCUCCGUCCCGUCCACGCUGGUGUUGGCGCCAUCAGCGAGGACGCGGCGGCCCUGGGACUAGGAAAGGGUCAGUGGCACUAUGGCCACCAUGAAACUGCUACAAGGACGAAAUACUCAUGACUUUGACCUCCCACGCUUGCAUCGUUUCAAUUUUUCUUUUGCAUUUGUUGUGUGUGGUCUCUCUCUCUCUGUGCUUUUUACACAGCAGGAAUCUCUGUAAUUAUAUUUAUAAAGUACAGUCAGUGUUGGUGACAUCCACGGCAGUAUAAUUGUGUUCAUUCUUUCUGUAGCACCUUGUUUUCUGUAAUAAAACAUUUUUUUAUAAUAAAACUGAUGUGUGGGUUUAUCAU